AACUCAAAGUCUGAACCUUUAGUUUAGAAACAGACCAAAAUCAACCACUUCUUUCUUUCUUCCUCUGUUUUCUGUUUCUGUCUCUAAUGGCUAUGGCGAUAUGAAGCUUGAAUAGCUUUCACACUCUCUUUCCACCAUCCAUGGCUACCCUUUUGAAAAAAGUAUGGGAUUCAGUCUCCAAGCGCUCCUCUCCCACUCCCAGACCCGACUCAUCCGAACGCCACAGUCUCUCUCCUCAUCCGCCAUCGCCGUCUUCCCCCUUCCAGGAGAUACCUUCAGAUGUUUUUCUGCAAAUCCUCAAAAUUCUGGGACCCAAAGAAGCUGCCAAGAUGAGUGUGGUCUGCAAGUACUUCAAUUCCGUGGCUUCAGACGAAAAGCUUUGGGUUUUCUUCCUCCAGAAUGAGAAUGCUUCUCCUCCUCACUCUUGGGAUUCUCUUAUGUUUGCCGAAACCCAUUUGAGAUCUGCUUAUCCCCUUCCAACCCUCACACCUCAACCGACCCAAUUGUCUUUUAUGCGGAUUUAUGGUCAACGUUUGAAAGUCCCUGGCUCAAUUAUCAUUGAUGGUGGCUCUGGCUAUUGCAAAUACGGUUGGAGCAAGUAUGCUGCUCCAUCUGUGCGCUCUGCUACUUUCUUGGAAUUUGGUAACAUUGAGUCUCCAAUGUAUUCCAGACUUAGACAGUUUUUUUCCACUAUUUAUAACAGGAUGCAGGUAAGAGCACCAUCACAGCCAGUGGUUGUGUCUAUACCAAUAUUGCAUUAUGAUGAUACUGAAUCUGCAAAAGCAUCAAGACGGCAACUCAAGGAAGCUAUAUACACAACACUAUUUGACAUGAAUGUUCCUGCUGUUUGUGCAAUUAAUCAGGCAACUUUAGCUUUGUAUGCUGCUAGAAGAACUUCAGGAAUUGUUGUAAAUAUUGGGUUUCAAGUCACAUCGGUUGUUCCAAUUUUACAUGGUAAAGUAAUGCGCAAAGUGGGUGUGGAGGUUGUGGGACUGGGAGCACUAAAACUUACCGGGUUUCUUAAGGAGUUGAUGCAGAAGAACAAUAUUAGUUUUGAAUCGCUGUACACCGUUCGCACUUUGAAAGAGAAUCUCUGUUAUGUUGCCUAUGAUUAUGAAGCUGAGCUACUCAAAGAUACACGAGCAUCAUCUGACGCAGCAGGAGAAGGUCAGUUCACUCUUUCAAAAGAGCGGUUUCAAACAGGAGAAAUCUUAUUCCAGCCACGAAUGGCAGGAGUGCGAGCAAUGGGUUUGCACCAGGCUGUAGCACUCUGUAUGGACCAUUGUGAUGCUGCAGAAUUAACAAAUGAUAAUGCUUGGUUCAAGACUGUCAUACUAUCAGGUGGCUCGGCAUGUUUACCCGGACUGGCAGGGCGACUAGAAAAGGAACUGCAUGGAAUACUCUCUCCAUCUUUGUCCAGUGGAGUUAAGGUCAUUCCUCCUCCAUAUGGCCAAGACACGGCAUGGUUUGGCGCUAAGCUUAUCAGCAAUUUGAGCACGUUCCCCGGCCCUUGGUGUGUGACAAAGAAGCAGUUUCGACAAAAUCCCAGAAUCAAACGCCGAUGGUGAAUCCUCUUUAUCAAAUACAGUUGUACACUUACAGAAAAACUCGAAGUCAACCUUAUCUUGUGGAGGGCUUUGAAGAUCUUUCAACUUAUAAAUUUAUACAAAAAGAAAGGAUAGAACUCUGUCAAAGACUAUAGGCUGUUUUUGAUUUAGUCUUUGACUUAUAUGGUGUGUAUUCAUUGUCUUGAAUGCAAGUAUUAUGGAAUAAUAAUGUUAUGCUGUGACAUUUGUGCUACUACAUUAAUAAAAUCACACACAAAAAAGAAGGUUGUAAUGCUUAUGGAACUUGUGGUGUAACUAUUUAUGAGAAUGUAUACUCCAACUGUUUCUCAGCUUCA